AUGAGAAUGUCGAGAGUCGAGGAUUACCCAUGGGCGGGAAGAGCAGGCUUCUAUGUCCUGGGCAAGUCGUUGUUGGAUGGAAAGGAAGGGACAGGUUUCGUCAAGGUUUCGUCGGGCUGCCGACUUUUCGAGGCUUGGCGUUACGCUUGUCGUCACGACUCCACCCUUCUCUUCCUCUUCACUAUGCUCCCGCAGGUCCUCCUUGCGCUCUUAGUCCCAUUACUCGCCCUUGCCGACGAAGGCUCCAUCUCAGGGCCCACAACCAGCGUCGAGGCAGCUGGGUACUCAUGCGACCCAAACAAGUGCAAGCUCCCAAAAUGCAAUUGUGCCAGCGCAAAGCCACCUGGAGGGCUUGACCCCAAAGAUGUUCCGAUGUUCGUCGUCUUCACUGCCGAUGACGCCGUCCAAUCAUACACCCUCGACGCGGUCAACCAGUUCCUUGCUCGCCGCAAAAACCCGAACGGCUGCCAGCCCAAGAUGACUUACUAUACCUCAUUGAACUACACCAAUUACACUCUCGUUACAGACUGGUAUGUCGCAGGAAACGAAAUUGCGGACCACACUAUGACCCAUGUCGGCGACCCAUCCAAGGAGGAGAUUAACGGAAACCUAAUGGCACUGAAUGCGCUCGCCGGUAUUCCCUAUACUGCCAUCACAGGGUUCCGUGCCCCAUACCUCAAUUACUCCGUUAAUACCCUCAAAGCCCUUGCCGCGGCCGGUUUCACUUACGACUCAUCCGCCUCUGCUUCGAUUCCCGUCACAGACCCCAAUACGGAUGCCUAUUGGCCAUACACCCUCGAUAACGGCAUGGCGAACGACUGUCUCCAGGUGCAGGGCUCCUGCAAAGGACAACCCGUUCUUCCUGGCUUCUGGGAGAUUCCCAUGUACGCCUUCUUCGACAACAAGGGAGUCGCUGGCCCGCAUUUGAUGGACCCAUGGCUCGACAAUGCCAAUGGCGCUACCAAACAAAACGAUACGGCAACUCUCGAGUACAUGAAGAACACCUUCACUGCCCAUUAUAACGGAAACCGGCAACCAAUUGGGCUUUACACCCAUCCAAUCCACUUGAGCACGACUUAUCCUGGUGUCCCUGCUCCGAAUGGUACCAUCAACAUGAUCAACUCGUUCUUGGAUUGGGCUCAAACGCAACAGAAUGUUUGGAUCGUCUCUUCACAGCAACUAUUGGCUUGGGUCCAAAACCCGGUUCCCGUUUCGCAGCUUGAUUCAGUCCAGGCGCUGAAGUGCUCGACGCCCAAGGUUGACGCGUCUACCAAAAUCUGCAAUGGCAUACCAAGUAACGAAGCUGGCUUGCUCAGCCACUGCUCGUUCCCCGAAUUCCCCUUCUAUACCUGCUAUGGAUGCCCGCAAACGAUACCGACUGUGGCCAACCCGAACCCGCCUCAACAAGUUCCCGACGGUCAACAGGCCCGCCAACGCAUUCCUGCCAACUGCUCAACACCAUUCUGGGAUCCGAUUGGAGCGAAAUGUCUCUGCUCAUCCUCCGAGUGUCAAUUUAAUGACAUUUCCCGACCGAUUGGGCCCAAUGGUGCCAAUCUCACUGGUGGCGGAACCGGUGGCUCGCCUGGCCAAAGCUCCGCACCCACACAGUCCUACGUUCCCUUCAAUGGCAAGGGCUACGCUCUCCCUCCUGGUGUAUGGGCUGCAUCAGUGGUCGGCAUUCUUGGUGCUGUCGCUGGCGUCUAUGGCGUUUUAGGUGCAGGCAUGUAG